UCACACUUUAGUUCACGUCGUGGUCUGGAGCGCACAUGAGCAGCAGGACAAGUGUGACUGUAUGAGAGAUAAAAACAUAAACCAGCGAUUCCACAAAGCCACUCUUCUGAAAACACUACAGGACUCUUUGAGUCACGUUUUGGAAAAUCCAAAGUGGCACAGCAAAAGGGUGGACUUCACUGCCGUGCUGCAGUCUGCCCCAGUUAUCCUCGAACAAAGCUCAGACUCUGAGAACACAUGGUCUGACGAAUUAGCUGUUCAGCUAUGGACAAACCUGCUCCAGCCAUCGACAGGUCAGGAAGAGAUCAUGAACCUCGACGUCAUUACUAUUCCUUGCCCUACCGAGGAACGACCUUUCCUGCGGACACAGAAAAAUUCCCCCACUGAACGCGAGGGAAGAGCCUCAACACUAACAGAUCCUAUUAUGGGUACAGAGAUACCUUGCACAGACCGCAUUCCAUCUCCCACUACACCAACUUCAGUUCACAAACUCAGACCGGGAGAUAUCAAGGUGGUGGCAGCAGUAGGUGACUCUCUGACUGCAGGCAAUGGUGUGGGUGCAAAGGCAGACAACCUGUUGUUAGUCAUGAGUGAGUACAGAGGACUGUCAUGGAGCAUUGGUGGUGAUGAAAACAUUACCACUGUGACAACUCUGCCAAACAUCCUGAAGGAGUUUAACCCCUCUGUGACCGGUUUCUCAACGGGAAUAGGUAAUCAGAACACUGCUGGGGCCUUCCUCAAUCAGGCUGUGGCAGGAGCGAAGAGUGGUGAUAUGGUGCAACAGGUGCGCGUCCUAGUGGACAAAAUGAAAACUGAUUCGCGCAUUGAUUUCCACAACGACUGGAAAGUGAUCACCAUGUUUAUUGGUGGCAAUGACAUAUGUGACUUCUGCACAGACAGUAUCUUUUUCUCACCGAGGAAUGUGGUCGAUCGUAUCCGCCAAGCUCUUGACAUCCUCCAUAGUGAAGUGCCUCGUGCCAUCGUCAAUCUGUUUAAUUUGCCCCUGCAUACUGAAGCCUAA